AUGAGGAUCCAGAAGCAACAGGAGCGGGCCCAAGCAGGGCAGGAGGGGAACCACAGCCAGGCAGAGCUGCAUGAGACCAGGGUGGAGCUGGCGCAGGUGAAGAAGCAUGCCCAGGACCUUGAGCACAAGCUGAAUGCAUCUUCGAGAGCCCUGGCACAGAUCUGCCAGGUCACAGACUGCUGCUUGGAGCCCUGGGUGCUGUACUGCGGGAAGUGUCUGCUCUUCUUCAAUGAGAAGAAAACCUGGACAGAAAGCCGAGAGGCAUGUACAGGUCAAUUCUCCCGGCUCCUCAUCUUCCGGGACUGGAAGUGCACAACCACACAGGUAUGGGGCCGCCCUGGGGCUGUUUCUGACGGGUCGCUCCCUUCCCAGAGAUUCCCUGGCAGCAUAUAUACCAGGUACUGGAUUGGGCUCCAGUACAAUGUGGCCACUAAAAGAUGGACUUGGAUCGACGGGACUACAUACCUAGGGUGA